GAUCUCCUCUUCAGUGUGUGUGCCCUCAACGUCCUCUCCACCAUCGUGUGUGCAUUAGCCACGGCCAUGUGCUGCAUGCAGAUGGUGUCUUCUGACGUCCUGCAGAUGUUCCUUCCACAAAGGGCACAUUCCGCCAGCCCUGCCUGCGUGACCCCCCAUGGCACCGUUCUCCACCAGACCCUGGACUUCGACGAGUUCAUCCCUCCCCUUCCCCCUCCGCCCUAUUACCCUCCAGAGUACACCUGUACUCCCACAGCCGAGGCCCACAGGGGCCUCCACUUGGACUUUGCUCCCUCUCCGUUCAGCACUUUGUAUGAUGUUGCCAUCAACAGCCCUGGCCUGCUGUACCCCGCCGAGCUCCCCCCGCCCUACGAGGCCGUGGUGGGCCCGACCGCUGCCAGCCAGCUUACGAGUGUAGAUCAGCCGGCGACCGAGUCCAGCCCUGGGGACCCAGAUGCCACUGCUGGCUUCAGCACACAAGAGCCCGCAGAUAGCUCGAGCCUCCUGGAAUCCGAGGGUGCCACUGCACGAGGCCUAAGCCCUGAGGGCCCCGUGGGUGCCUCGCAGCCCCUGCCACCUGACCUGGAGUCCCCUGAGGGUCCUGACCAGAGCACGCUGGCACUGCCAGGCCCUGGGCGUGUGACCCGCUCCACCAGCGACCCCACUUCAUGCGCAUCCAGCAUGGCAGGCAACGCCUCUUCGCAUCCGCCCUCCUGCAGCCAGGACCUUGAAGCAGGACUGGCCAGGGCUGCUCUGGGAACCGUUUCCCUAUCUCACUCUGCCAUAGCCGCCUGUGCUUGUCGGCACCGGCUCUCGCCACCGGGACAGCCAGAUCCCCGGAAAACAGACCACCGGUUAAAGCCAGAGGCCUUACAGACAGUCUUGAAAGAGCGGCCACGCUCAUUAGUGGAUGGCAAGGCCCAUGCAGACACCAGGGUUUUGGUGGCUAAAUUUUUGGAACACUCGAACUGUGCCCUCCCUCCCGAGGUGCAGCAUGUGGUGGGCACCUUCCGCCCAGCGGUCAUGUCUGAUGAGCACCACGUGGACGAGGCCAUCUUUAGCGCCAAUGUUCUGGACCAGGUGUGAACAAGCCACAGGUCCUGACACGGACACGGAAAGGCCUAGGCCAGUGGCUGGAGGCCACCGUGCAUGCAGGGAGGGGCUGAAGCCUAGGAGUUAUCUCCAUGUGGCUCAAACGGGGAACUGCCAUCCCUCUCUUGUGGAGGGUCCAGUCCAUUGUUUUCUUGGGGAUGACACUUCCUACCUACUCUGGUGAUGCAGAGAAAUGACUCUCGUGGCCAUCGUGAACUCUGGGUUUUUGUCAGGCAUGUAGCACCUGACAUGUGCUCCAGGAAUUCUCCUGGAACUGGAGACACAAAGCAUCUUCAAAAUCACGGCCAUCGAAAAGCAAGAUUCUCCCUCACCUCUGAUUUAGUUGAGUGUUUAGUGGAUAGAGGAGGACAUUGAGUAAUGAGACGAUUUUCUUCUAUGAUUUGUAUCACUCACUGGUUGACCCUUUAUCAUGUGCUAGAAAAUGGGUAAUUCCAGCAUGGACGGCAGCCCAGGCCCAGCUCUCUGCCCGCAGGAUGCAGGGCUGUUGUGGAAACAAAUCAUUACAGGGGCCUCACCGGAGCCCAGGCCACCUCCAGGCAGCAGGCCUGUGUGGCAGGGAGCUCUGCUGGACGCACGCCCUCUGCCCCUCUGUCACCUAGUCUCCUGGGCCUCCUCUCUGUACCCUCCCUUCUUAGGGUGGCCUCCCCGCUUUCUCUCUGGCUCUCUGUCCAUGGUCUCCUACUCUGCAGACACUUUUGGUGAGCCCCUCUGGGGGGGGUCUUCCCUGUGUCUACCCUCCCCAGGAUGGCCUGGAUAGGUGGAGGUCUGGGGGGGAAAAGGCCUGUGUCCCAGGAUCUGUGCACCUCCAGAGAAAGCAAGUCUCUGAUGACCCAGAACAGUCCCUUCCCAGCCAGGCAGCGGCCACAUCUGAUUGGAGGAUGCAGCUUGUAAGUCGCAUCUUUCCAUAAAACACCCACUGAGCUGGGUCCUGGAUGCGGGCAGGCCCAGCCUCUCUGCAGGGGCAGCUUGGGUGUCUGACUUUCUUGCCCCCACCCCCACCCCCCACCCCUCAUGUUCUGGCAACAUUACCAGCAGCCGCUUCCCAACAAUGGCCCUGGAGCAGCACUGGUCUUCAAGAACUUUCUGCAGAAGUAGGAAUGCCUGUCUCUGUGCCCUCCACAACAGCGGACACUGGCACCUGAGCUGUGGCCUGCAUUGAACAAGGCAGCCCAGAGCGCACACAUCUGAACCAAGAGCCCAAGGGCCUGGCAUGUGGAGCGCAGGGGGAGGACCCGGCGACUGCCCAUUGCUGCUUGGUGUCUGGCAGUCUAGGGGCCGCGUGCUUUCCCUCUGCCCUCCACCCCACUGCAGCCAUUGUGCAGGGGGUGCGUCUGUGUGGUGGGAAGCCCAGAAAGGUGUGGCAGGGAGGGUCUGCUGCCCAGAUGCCUGAGCCCCCAGGAACUGCGGUGCAGGAAGCCUGCUGGGACAGUCAGCUUUGAACACUGUGCUUCAGUGAUGGUCUCGGUCAUUGCCUCCCUCAAUUCUGGGUGAGGUGAGAGAGCUAAAAAAAAUACCCAUCAACGCCUUUUGAUGCCAACUGGAACUUUUCCACCGGAGAACCCCAGAGAUGAAUUAUGAGCACUUUAUCCGACUAUAAAAUGGAAAAUCUCUUCUCUAAUUUUUCUCAGCUGAGGGCUUUUGAAGUCCGCCCCCCCAAAGCAAAUCCCUUCACAGGUACAGUCAAUUGAUGGUUUUUCAAGGAGUCUCCCCUAAGCCCACCAGCAAAGCGUUUGUGGCUGUUGAUGCCCUGGCCUCUGAAUUCGGGGCAUUUUCAGGGUCUCUGGGGUGGGGCGCCAGAGCGGAGCAAGCUGCGGGGGUUUCCACCUGCAUGUAGGGGGCCCGCCCCCAGGCUUGGGGGCCUGCGCACAGAAGCGUCGCUGGGCCAAGCCCUAAGCCUGGAAUUUGAGUGAGGCCAGUGCCUUUCCUCCCCACUCCCACCUCUGGGCUGGAGCUGGGUGAGGAGGGGACAUCACCACCUGUAUUGUGCAGCCAUGGUGAGCAGCCACUGGGAGCCUGCCCUGCUGCUCUGUGGCCUUUGCUUCUCCUCCCUGUGGUGGGACCGUGUUUUCUCUGCCAUCUAGGGCUCCUGCUACAGCCUCUGUCUCCAUGGGGGCUCAAGUGGGCGCUCUGGCCCAAAGCCCAGAGGCCUGGAGAGAUAGUAACUCUAUCUUGCAAUUGAGAAAACUGUACCAAAUUUUAUAACACUCAGCUAGAAACUUCUGCCCAUCCGCUCAGGUCCCCAGGUGGCCCACAUGGCAGGGUCCUGGGUCCUGGCUUCCAGGAAAGGUCCCCGGAAGAGAGGAGUGCCAGUUAGAGCUACUAGGAAUGAGCCAGGGACCCGACUCGCCAGUUCUAGUACCCAAGACCCUGCUCGGCUCAGCAGCAUGUGGGAGCCAGGAGCCUCAGCAGCAAGCCCAGACCAUGUGGGUGCACGACUGGGGGAAAGUUGGUUUCAUCCCCUCGCUGGGGCACCCUCUCAUACCCCUCCUCUUGUUAAAGCAUCAGCAAGCCAGGAAGAGCUUGAUGGGCUGUGCCAGGAAGCUAAGGCGUGGGACCCCCACCUGCCUUUUCCCACCACCCAAAGGAGGUCAGCUUGGCAUGGGGCCAGAGCCCAUCCAGACACUGCCAUUUGCCUGGUGGCCGAAAGAAAGACGAGGUGGGUGAGCUCUGGACCCCACCUCUGUGGCAAAUAAGCGCGGGAUUCAUCCUUCACAAGGACUUAGUCUCCUUCAGCUGGUGACAACAAUGCAAAUUAAAUGCUUGUAACAAACCAUGUAACAGAAAGCUUAUUUCAGAUGGAUGUGUUUCCUCCCUCCCUGCCCUCAGCUGUAUUGAUUCACAGAUGCUGCUAUUAGGCAGAAUUUAUAGGAAAUUGUUUUCAAGCCACAGGAGACCUGUUUGUACAACUUGAAGGUUGUAUUUAUUUAAUGUACCUCAAGGUGUUUUCAUAAUGAUCAGUGUUUUAAUAAAAACUAUU